AGCGAAGAGAAAAUCGCCUUUUUAAGUGACUUUUGCUUUUAAAUAUCAAUCAAGCUUAUUCUGAAGAAUAAGCUGGCAUAAAGUACCGAUUUUGAAGAAACUGAGUCGAUAUUGAUGCUGUUUCGAUGUGAUCUACUUUCAAGACAGUCGAUUGACGUUCUGUUCCUUGUCGCCGUACAGAGAUUCUGACAAUGGAAACGGAUGAAAGUACACCGAAUUUAGACCAAGAUAAUGAAAGCGACGAUGAUUUGUUAGCCCCAACAACGUUUCUUUAUAGUAAAAAACCCUUUCAAGAGAUUCACACUCCUGAGAAAAUUAAAACGCCUGUUGGAAAUGAUUUAUCUCCUAUCACUCCCCUAGAAAAAGUUAGGCAGAAGAAAGCCAAAGUAAAGUUUAGUUUUGGGAAGCUGAUAGCAGAGAAAGUGGCCCAAGAUGAAGUUGACAAGAAAAUGGCUAGAAUGGAAGAAGAAUUAAAGGGAAAGGAAUUAAUAGAGCAGGGUGGAAUUCUUGACAUGAUUCUUAAAGAGAAUGUCAAAGAAGUAAACGAUGGUAGUUCUGAUGAUUCGCAGGAUUAUUUGGAUCUGCUUCCAGUGCACAGACACGAGUUAGAUAAAAAUGUCAAAAGGAUGAAUGAUGGGUUGGUAAAUGAUUUUAUGGAUGGAUAUGCUGGUGAACCUCUCUUUAUCCAUGAGCCAAUACCUGCUGACUUGACAACUCCAGUUUUUAUACAAAAACUCAUUGGUGUGGAUGAACAUUUUGUACAACAGAAAUCCCCACAGGCUGAUGUAGAUCUCUUGACAAAAGAAUUCUUGCUGAGUGGAUUUUUAGUUGAUAUGCGGCUGUUUAAGAAAAAAGUUGAGCCUUCUGUAAUGGAAUGGUUAUUAUCAUGCAUUUGCCAUUCUUCAGACUGUGAUGUUACAGAGGGUGCAUUUAAUGCUUUUUGGGCUAUUGUUAUGUCAAAGGAUUUGGAUUUGGAUUGGCAUUUUUCAACUAUAAAACUUGUGAAAUGUCUUGUAAUGAUGGGAGCAUCACCGAUUCACCUUGUUGAAUCCAAAAUAGCAGAGAUUGCAGCCCCAUCCCCUGACCUGGAUUUCACUCCGGGAAAUUUACGUACAUUUGAAGAGCCUUUGAACUUUUUAUUCACAUUUCGCCUUCAAACGCUACUCAAGGCAUACUGUUGUUACAUUGAACAACAUUCGGGACUAUUCAGUAAAACUGAUAAAUUGCUGAACACAUUGGUUGCUUUACGACUUGGCAUUGCAUUGGAGACCAGUGUUUGUUCUUGGGAAAUAGAAGUGUUUCUUGGGUGCUCAAUCAAUCUUUAUAAUGAAGAAGAAUGGAAAAAUGAGAUGCCAUUGAUCUGCAAAUAUGCCCUGGAAAUCACGCAGGAUCACAGCAACAAGUUACAGAUGGUCGAAAUGGUACCAGUAACUGAACGUGGGAGAGAACUGAAGAAAGUAUUGUCUUUAGUGAUGAUGUCUUCAUUGUCUUCUGCGCUCAAGCCUGUAAUAACGAAUCAUGGACAAUACCUCAAAAAGGCAAUAGUGUCAGAAGUGCUGCAAAUGCUUAUCCCAAUAAAAACGAACCACGAGACUGAUUUUCAUCAACUAUUUUCAUUUCUGUCAUUCAUUAAUCAUUGCACCCCAGAUGAAUCAAUAUCGCCAGGUGAUAAGAAAAAUCUUGAGAGUAUUAUGUCUAUCUUAAGGAGGCUAAAUGGAGACAUAAGAGAUUCCGGUGGCUAUCAUUUAAACAGGACAAAGGUCAAGGGGUUGAUUUUGAGGACUGUUAACCGACUAUCACACAUUGCUAAUGGUCUCCGAACACAGUCGAGCCUGGACAGUUACUUUGGCGAAGCAGCAAGUUCGUUUGACCAGCUGAAGUUUGAAACACUACAAGAUCAGCCUGAUAAGAUGGAAAACACAUCAGAUGAAGAAUCCGGACAGUCACCGAAACCUUUGCAUCCUUCCAGCCAAGAUUGUCAGAUGAGCUCGUCAAGUGGACCGUCUUCAUUUGAACCCUUAACUGAUGAAGACGAUGCGAUAAAUGAGAACCCUCUUGUAGAUUUAAAUCGCCCUUGAGAAGUUUGCUGUUUAUUGGUUAUGUGCUGGCUUUUUUAUUAUUACAAUUACCCAAUCUGGUUUCUCAAGCAACCAAAUGUAGCGAACGACAGAUCUGUUGAUUUAUUGCAAACAUUGAGGGUAUGAAACUAGAUACUUGUGAUGUCUUAGUGAUUUGGAAGAUCAACAAAUAAAGAUUUUCUAAUAAAUUAUGUACCCCCUGUUCCCUUGCAAGUCAAAGCGCUUGAGCUGUAGUAAUGGGUCUCUCUACGCAUGCUCACUAACUGCAAAGAGGGGGAUAUUUCAAUUAUCAGAAGAUUUUAUGUUUUCAACCCGCCUAAAAAGCGGUUUGGAGAAGCUAAAAGUUGGUGUAUUUCAAAAAAUAUUCCAUCUUUUCUUCUUUGCAAAACUUUUUUUGUAAAUAUGUGUGAUAAAGUCUGUCGUCCUUUCUGGACAAAGAAUUCUGUUAUAUUCUAUCGUUUUCCCGUUCCUGUUAUACCUUUCCUGUUGGAAAAUGUCUUAGCAGAUGCAGAGAUUUCUGCAUCUUUUAUAAUACUUUGUACUUUCUUUUGUCCGUCUGUUAUGAUACUCAGCAAUUUGUCUAACAGUUGCGGAUUAAAGAGCUUUUAAAAAUUCAAUUCUGUGCUUAAAAGGCAUGUUCUUUAGGGAUUUUCUUGCAACUAAGAACGUUUCUCCUUUCUGGGAUGUAUUUCGGACAGGCCUUCCUCGUGACACCCUUAAGAAGACGGUUAACUAGAACCCUAAAUGCCAGGCAACGUUGAAAUGUUGUUUUUGCUUCAAGGUCCCUUAGUUGAAGAGUUAUAUCAGUGGUGUAGUGUCUAUAACAUUUUGCGCAAGACCCCCUCUCCCCUUAUGAUAGCAAUACACCCCAGGCUCUAAUUAUCAGGAUAUGUUUCAACUUAAAGCAUCAGGCUAUGCCAUUGCACAACCUUAGGUAUGGCAGCUUUUUAAAUAUUUACUCUUCCUUAUAAAAGUUUUGUAAUGCUUGUCACUACCGAAAAGAGUUUUUCAAGGAAAAAGAUUUGAAAGUUCUGGACAAUAAGUUUAAAUAAGUUUUGGAAAUACCCAACCUAUGGUUUUUCUCUCUUGUUUGGAAAUACUUUGCUAAUAGAUGGGCGAACAUUUUUCAUGGAUCACACAUAACUUCACCCCAUUUUUUAACUUCUCGAUCUUGAAAGUAAUAUUCCAGCACUGUUUACCUCAUUUUAUACGUGUCCCUGCCAUAUUGUCAAACCUACCUGUUUCUAAACUUCAUUUUGAUUCAUAGAGACAUUCUGGUGGGCAGGUCCUUCUAUUCAGAUAUAAACGAUUCAGGUAUCAGGGUAACGUAUGUUUAUUAAAUAAACUGAAUUUUGACGUUAAACUGAGUUUAACAGGAUUCUAAAAAGCAAACGCUACUUGCGAAUGAUAUCAUAAAAUAUUAACGAAAAUAUUGAUUCAGACCCAACUGAAUGUAUUUCUCUUUAUGCGUAAAUGGAACCAACAAUACUGAAUUGAACCCGUCCCGCAGGGGUGUACUGCCUAAGUUAAUGAAAAAUAUUUCUUUCAGUUGUUUUUUUGUCUUGGUAUCUUUUGUAAAUUUUUAAUAGACUUUUCUCGCAAGCAUCUAUGUUUAGAUAUUCUUGCAAAUGCAAAUCUUAUUGUUUGCCCACAUCUGAAAGUUAAUGAUAAAUAAAUCGAUUGUUUUAUAACGUCUUAAUGCAUUUUUGUUACGAAGUUGUGUAACGUUUCUUGUAUAGGCCUACCAAAGUAUCGCAAUUCUCUUGCAACUCAUCUCCCGGUCUUGGUUGUAUCAUUGUAAAUAAUUUUCCACUUUGUUUGUGUUUAUCAGUCCUAGCUGUUUUUGACUUGAUUUUUUUCAAAAGAUCUUCAAAAAUACUUCUUGGAAUUUCGACCGUUAUCCAUUUUGUUGCUUUCCUUUAGAAAUCACUCAUCAAAACAUUCCCACCGAAACAGUUUUUAAAUGGCUUUGAAAAGCUUACAUUUUAAGACAUAUUCAAGCUCUUCGUCUAAGACUCUUUAAGAGGCAAGUGCCAUUGACAUGGCAACCUUUACAGUUCAUGUGCUCACGUUUCUGAUUGGCCUAUUUCGAUCCACAAUUGGAUAUAUAUAUUCCCUAGCUUAGGGUUUUUGAUGAAUGUUCUGACGUCUUAUUCUCUGAAGAGUAUCAGACGAAAAGCAUUAUUAUGUCUCAAAUUUGUGUUUUUUUCAAAACCAUGCAAAAACUAAGUUGUAUGCAGUCUCAGAUGUAAGUAGAUUUUAUUU